GGGGGGGCUCCUCAUCAGUGUAAUUGAAUAUUCCCUCUGCACCCACAGUGGACAGACGCGCGCGCGCACUCCCACAGUCAGCAUUACCAGGACUGCCCUCGUGCCCUCUACCACCACCCCCCCACUCCCGGUCCCUCCGCCCUCACCUCACCACCACCAAGCUAAAAAAGUGUGCCUGUGCCUGUGUGCGCGUGCCCACUGGUGUCUCUUGGUGUGCGGACGGACAGACCGGAGCUGCAGCACUGACACUCAACCGGAGACGUUACCGGGACGUCUGAGCCCGUUUCCUCUCUCCUGUUGAACAGUUUUACCGGGACACAGAGCCGGAAACGUUCCGGGACAGACGCUUGUCUGACAGGCUGUCUGACGCCUCCUCAUCAUGCCCCAUCCCCCCUUCCUCCUCCUCCUCCUCCUCCUCGUCCAAUCAGCAGAGUUCUCGCUCUCUCCUGACAAUACCACAGACGAUCUCCAGGAGGUGAUUCUGGCAGCCAUCUUGCCUCUGACUAACACAGACUAUGCGUGGGCGUGGCCUCGGGUGGCGCCGGCGCUCCACCAGGCGGUGGGUCGGGUGAACUCUGACCCUUGGCUGCUGCCGGGCCUGAGGCUACGGCUGGUUCACGGCAGCUCGGAGAACGGCGACGGUUUCUGCUCAGACUCCAUAGCUCCACUGGUCGCCGUCGACCUCAAGCUGUCCCACGACCCCUGGGCCUUCAUUGGGCCCGGGUGUGACUAUUCUUCCUCACCUGUCGCCCGCUUCACCACCCACUGGGAGGUUCCCAUGGUGACGGCCGGCGCCCGUGCCAUUGGCUUCGAGCACUACGCCGCCGUCACCAACACAGGCCCCACCCACAAAAAGCUGGGCGAAUUCGGCACCAGGAUCCAGGAGACGUUCGGCUGGCGGCAGCACGCCAUGCUCAUCUUCAGCGACAACAAGGAUGCCAAUGACGACCGGCCGUGCUACUUCGCGGUGGAGGGGCUCUACACGCUGCUAGGCAACCGCAACAUCACCAUCCGAGACCAUGUCAUCGAACCCGACAACAUCAACUACAAGUCGGUGGUUCAGGAGAUCCGAGACAAUGGCAGAGUUGUGUAUCUGUGCUGCUCCUGGGACAUCCUGCGGACUCUGAUGGUCCAGUUCUGGAGGGAGGGGGUGGACCUGGAUGAAUACAUCUUCUUCUUCAUUGACCUGUUUGCUGAGGGUCUGGGGGGACGGGGUCCGGUCAGACCCUGGUUCAGAGGAGACCAGGACGACUACAGCGCCCGGCUCGCCUUCAGGAGUGUGAAGGUGCUGACGUACCUGGAGCCUCAGAGUCGAGAGUAUCUGCAGUUUGUCCAAACGCUGAAGAACGACGCAAAGAAAAUGUUCAACUUCACCAUCAAAGACUCUCUGUAUAAUCUGAUCGCUGGAGGUUUCCAUGACGGAGUGAUGCUCUAUGCUCACGCUCUGAACGAGACUCUGAUCGAGCAGAGAGGACCAGGGCCAGGGCCAGGACCAGGACCAGGACCAGGACCCAGAGGAGUCCAGAGGCCCAAAGAAGACGUGGUGACCAGGAGGAUGUGGAACCGGACAUUCCCAGGAGUGAUGGGUGUGGUGGAGAUCGAUGAGUUCGGGGACAGACAGGUGGACUUCGCUGUGUGGGACAUGACAGAUGUCGACUCAGGGGAGUUUCAGGUGGUGUGUGUGUACAACAGCAGCACCAAACAGCUGGUGAUGCAGAGUGGGCGGAGCUUCCAGUGGCCAGGUGGAUCUCCACCUCCGGACAUCCCAGAAUGCGGCUUCAAAAACGACAAACCGUCCUGCCUCGCCCGUACAGUGUCGAUGCAUCAGAUGGUUGCCAUAGUGAUAUGCUUUGUCUUUGUCAUCAUUGUCACGGUGACCGUCUUCAUCUACAGGAAGUUGAAGCUGGAGAGCGAGCUGGCCGCUCAGCUGUGGAGAGUUUCCUGGGACGAUGUUCAGAUGAGUAACCUGGAUAAAGUCCUGAGGAGAGCCUGCAGCCGACUCACCAUGUCUCUGAAAGGAUCAAACUAUGGCUCCCUGAUGACGAUGGAGGGAAACCUCCAGAUCUACACUAAGACCGGAUACUACAAGGGAAACCUGGCAGCCAUCAAGUACAUCAACAAGAAGCGUAUUGAACUGACCAGGAAGGUUCUGUUUGAACUCAAACAUAUGCGUGAUGUUCAGAACGAGCACCUGACCCGGUUCAUUGGUGCCUGCAUCGACCCACCCAACAUGUGCAUCAUCACAGAGUACUGCCCCCGAGGCAGUCUGCAGGACCUGAUGGAGAGCGACAGCAUCACCCUGGACUGGAUGUUCAGAUACUCUCUCAUCAAUGACAUCGUCAAGGGCAUGGCGUUCAUCCACAACAGCGUCAUCGUCUCCCACGGUAACCUGAAGUCCUCUAACUGUGUGGUGGACAGUCGCUUCGUCCUGAAGAUCACAGACUACGGUCUACAAAGUCUGAGGACAAGCAGCUGCCCCGAGGACACACACGCUUACUAUGCCCGUAAACUGUGGACAGCUCCAGAGCUGCUGAGGUCGGAGACCCCCCUCCCCCGGGGGACUCAGAGAGGAGACGUGUACAGCUUUGGGAUCAUCCUGCAGGAGGUGGCUCUGCUCAGAGGAGUCUACUACCUGGACUCCCAGACCCUCAGUCCCAAAGAGAUCAUCCAGGCGGUUCUGCAGGGUGGUGCCCCCCCCAUCCGUCCCUCCCUCUGCUUCCACAGUCACAGUGAGGAGCUGGGCGUCCUGAUGCAGCGAUGCUGGAGCGAGGAGCCGAGCGAACGACCCGACUUCAACACCAUCAAGAUCCUGCUGCGCAAACAGCACAGAGGUUAUGGCUCCAACAUCCUGGAUAACCUCCUGUCUCGGAUGGAGCAGUAUGCCAACAACCUGGAGGAGCUGGUGGAGGAGAGAACGCAGGCGUACCACGAGGAGAAACGCAAGGCCGAGGCCCUGCUCUACCAGAUACUACCACAUUCAGUAGCUGAGCAGCUGAAACGAGGUGAAACUGUUCAGGCUGAAGCUUUCGACUCCGUCACCAUUUACUUCAGUGACAUCGUUGGUUUCACCGCCCUGUCUGCUGAGAGCACGCCGCUACAGGUCGUGACCUUGUUGAACGACCUCUACACCUGCUUCGAUGCCAUCAUCGACAACUUUGAUGUUUACAAGGUGGAGACCAUCGGAGACGCCUACAUGGUGGUGUCAGGUCUCCCGGUGAGGAAUGGGAAGCUCCACGGUCGGGAGGUGGCCAGGAUGUCUCUCGCCCUGCUGGACGCGGUCAAGAGCUUCAGGAUCCGACACCGAGCCAAUCAGCAGCUCCGGCUACGCAUCGGCAUACACAGUGGUCCAGUGUGUGCAGGUGUGGUUGGUCUGAAGAUGCCCAGGUACUGUCUGUUUGGAGACACAGUGAACACAGCAUCACGGAUGGAGUCCACCGGAGAGGCUCUGAAGAUUCACGUGUCGGAGGCGACUCGUCAGGUUGUGCAGGAGUUCAGCUGCUUCCAGCUGCAGCUCAGAGGAGAGAUCGAGGUGAAGGGGAAGGGACGCAUGAGGACGCACUGGCUGCUGGGAGAGGACACCACAACCACCUGAUGGAGGAGAGGACACCUCCAGGGAGAAGUGAAACAACCAACUGUUAUUAAACACCCCCCCCCCUCCCCACUGGAUGUUUACCUCUCAUCAUUUAAAGUGACAGACCCUUCAGAAAUGAAUGUUUCACUGUUAAAAGCAGUCUUUGAAGUUUAGUUGUGUAAAUACAAAAUAAACUCUGUUGUGUUUUAUUA